AUGUUAGGCGGUUUAUUUGGUUGGAUCUCCUUGCUGUUCGAGCCUUUGGCCUUUCAAGUGCCACUCAUUCAACCUCAACCUCGUCUUACAGCCGAGAAUUCCACCGCCCUUAAGCCAACCUCCACCAAUCUCCCCUGGCAGGAUAUCAUCACUGGCGAUUAUGGACAUCCACCCACAUUAAAGAUUCACGACCGGGAAGGAAUCAUCAAAUGGAGCUGGGAACGCAAAGAUGUCACCCAGGACCUCCCACCUCGUAUUCGUAGCGGCCUAUACGGUCGCGCGAAUGAUGCCACUGACAUGAAAUGGAUGCGCGACGGCAAGAGCGUCGCUGCCAUCUACAGUUCUCUCAUUGUCGUCAUCAACCAUACCCCGGAUAUUCCUUCCAUCGAUAAGAAGAUCACCUUCGCCGUCAACCGAGACACCGACGUGCUUUGGAAUGCACACGCCGUGGAGCCUUUACCCGGUGAUCGCCUCGCUGUCGCUACCACCGGCCAACGUCCUUGGGAUGGCAUCCAAAUCUAUAAUAUGAGUUCCGCUCUUCCGCUCGUGGACGAACCUCCCAUUCUGCAGAAGGUGGAGGGUCUCCGCGCUAUUCACGGCAUGAUCUGGGACGAAGAAGGCCAGAAGUUGUGGGCGUGUGGUACCAAUGUCGCCGCGGAUGGAUCGGACCCUGAGCCUGCCUACGGUGUCAUCCAGGGAUAUCCAUUCGACAACAAGACUGGUCUGCUCAGUGAAGAUCCUGCCUUCAAAUUCACAUUCCCGGAAUAUUGGGACAUUGACACCGAAUGGGGACACGGAUACAGCUGGUGGUCGGGCCCUCACGAUCUUGUUCCUGUGCCGAACGAGCGUGUAUUCCUGGUAUCUAACGACAUUGGAGUGCAAGCGUUCGACAUCGCGACCAUGUCGUUCAGUCUCAAAUUCGACGAUGCCAUUGCGAAAUACAUGCCUGGGUUUGAGUGCACCUCCAAUGAUCGCCAUGGGAUCAACCGCCAAGGUCAAUGGGAGGAGCUCCCUCAGUCAGAUCUGAAGGGAUUCAGUCUUGCGCCAGACGGGGCCUUUGUAUACACGCAAUCAUUGUGGAAAUUGUUCCGCGGGAACCAUACCAGUCUCGUGGUCGAUGGAGUGCGUACCCAAAUCAUGCAGGGGAACGAAAUCUAUCGGUCGCGAUUCUUCGGUGACAUCGAUGGCUGGCCCAAACCGAGGACAUAG